AUGAAACUGUACGAGAGAUUAGUCGACUCAAGACUUAUGGAAUUCAUCCAAAUCUUACGAGUACAGUUCGGCUCCAUGCCAGAGCGGUCUAUAACGGACGCUGUUUUCAUAGCCAGACAAGUAAUAAAGAAGUAUCGAGAAGAGAGUACACCUUGCUACCCGGCUUCUUUCGAUCUGGAGGAGGCAUUCGUACGCCUCCCGCGCCAUGUCAUCUGGAGAGCGCUUCGAAAGGGAAACGUUCCAGAACACCUGAUCUUUCUGAUCAAAGAUAUGUACGAUGGGUCUACGACAGCAGUACGCACUCAAGUACACCAGGGAUCAGCUCUAAGCCCGUUUCUCUACCUACUCUUUAUGGAUGUCAUCAUAAGCGGGCUAUAUGGACCACAGAAGACCUCGACGCUGAUGACAUCGCUCUAA